CACUUUACUGUUGUGCAAAGGGGAAUGAAAACUUUAAUGUGUUUAACCCUUUUUUUCUGUCUCUCGGGUUCUGUAAGGAGUGAGGUGACCUUCCCUUUUAGGAGAUACAGUAAACCACCCAAACAAGAUGACUUUGAGAGUAAGACAGUGGCGGAAACGCCAAAGAGAACUGGAUCAACUGCUACGUUAUUCUGACAGUGAUGGUGAACAAGAGGGCAUUAAAAACGUCCCAAGUGUGCCUGGGACUCCAAGUAGUUGCAACAGUGAUAAUGUGCCUGGCACCCCAGAUAGGGUAAUGAGUGACAAUGCUCUUGAGACAUCAGAUGACUUUGACACUGAUGUGGACUACUGGUCUACUGACUUGGAACAGGAACCAAAUGAAGCUGAAGUGACCAGCUUUGAAGACGAACUGAGACAGUGGGCCUUAGAGUACAAAGUGACACACAGAGCGCUUAAUGGUUUGUUAUCCAUAUUAAGAAAGCAAGGGCACCUAUUGCCUGUGGAUUGUCGGACACUCCUUGCUACACCGCAGCAUAACACAACAGAGCCUAAAUGUGGUGGUCAGUACAAGUACUACGGCUUAGAAAAGGGUAUCUGCCGUUACUUAAGUCAGAUGGAGAGUAAUGAUGUGCACCUCAGCGUAAACGUUGAUGGCAUCCCACUUUUCAGAAGUAGUGGUGUCCAAUUCUGGCCAAUACUGGUGAAGUGUGGCCAUUUUGAUCCAUUCAUUGUAGCCAUGUUUAGUGGACAAAGUAAGCCAAAUCCUCUUGAGAACUAUUUAAAAGACUUUGUGUCUGAAUACAAACAUCUCAAGGACAAUGGUAUAGUUUUUAAAGGCCAGACUUACACUGUCAAUAUUGAUGCUCUGAUCUGUGAUGCACCAGCAAGGGCAUUUCUGAAAUGUAUUAAGGGUCAUACUGCCUAUGAGAGUUGUGAACGAUGUUUAGUCAGAGGUACUUGUGUUGAGAGAAGAAUAGUUUUCAGUGAACAGGUAAGCACUUCUCGAACAGAUGAUGGUUUCUCCAGAGUGGAGUACAGUAACCACCAAACUGGUAUCAGCCCCUUCAUUGCUGCUGGAAUUCCUUGCGUUAGCUCAUUUGUCUUGGAUUAUAUGCACAUUGUCUGCUUGGGAGUAGUUAGGCGCCUGUUAAUUUACUUGACUCGAGGCCCAAAAGUCUGUCGUUUAUCUGUGGAAAGCCACUGA